UAAUCGGACGCCGUGCCACAUAUUCGCAAUCCGAUAGAAAUAGAAGCCCAGGAGCUCUCACUCGGAUACACAUUCAGUGAUUCACUAUACCUGUCUAGGAUUCCACUGACGCGAUGUCCAAGCAAACAUACAGAGUGUGCUUCUGCUUCCGGCGGCGGUUCCGGCUGGCGGCGACGGAGGCGCCGGAGGAGAUCAAGAAGCUGUUCGACCAGUACUCGGAGAAUGGGAUCGUCACCGUCGAUCACCUCCGGAGGUUCCUGAUCGAGGUCCAGAAGGAGGACAAGGCCACCACCGAGGACGCUCAGGCCAUCCUCGACGGUCUCGGCCACCUCGGUAUCUUCCAUCGGAAGGGCCUCAAUCUCGAAGGCUUCUUCAAGUACCUCUUCUCUGACUCAAACCCUCCUCUCUCGCCUCAUGGGGUGUACCAUGAUAUGUCUGCACCAUUGUCUCAUUAUUUCAUAUUUACGGGUCACAAUUCCUAUCUGACUGGGAAUCAACUCAGUAGUGACUGCAGCGAUGUCCCCAUCAUACAGGCUCUGCAGGGAGGAGUGCGGGUUAUUGAAUUGGAUAUAUGGCCAAACUCCACGAAAGAUAAUGUCGAUGUUCUUCAUGGAGGGACACUGACUACUCCAGUGGAACUUAUCAAAUGUUUGAAGUCUAUAAAGGAGCAUGCCUUUACUGCAUCUGAAUAUCCAGUUGUGAUAACUCUAGAAGACCACCUUACUCCAGAUCUUCAGGCUAAAGUUGCUGAGAUGCUCACUCAAACAUUUGGAGACAUACUCUUUUCUCCUAGCGAAGAAUACUUGAAGGAGUUUCCAUCCCCAGAAUUCUUGAAGAAAAGGAUUAUCAUAUCAACCAAACCACCUAAGGAAUACCUUGAGGCCAAAGAAAUUAAGGAAAAUGAUAAUGAUUUGCAGAAGGGUAAAGCUUUAGGUGAUGAAGGAGCUUGGGGGAGAGAAAUCUCAAACCUGAAAAACACAACUGUGGCAAAUGACAAGAGUGAUUUGGAUGAAGAAGAUAAUAUUGAAGUGGAAGAUCUUGAUGAUGGAGAUCUUAAGCCUCACCAACCUGCAGCACCUCAAUAUAAACGUAUAAUUACCAUUCAUGCUGGUAAGCCUAAAGGUGGAUUACAGGAGUGUUUCAAUGUGGAUCCUGAUAAAGUGAGACGUCUUAGCUUAAGUGAGCAACAACUUGAAAAGGCUGUAGUGACUUACGGAAAAGAAAUUGUCAGGUUUACCCAGCGAAAUAUUCUGAGGGUGUAUCCAAAGGGUAUACGUGUUGACUCAUCAAAUUACAAUCCACUAAUUGGGUGGACACAUGGAGCUCAAAUGGUUGCGUUCAAUAUGCAGGGACAUGGAAGAUCACUCUGGCUGAUGAAUGGAAUGUUCAAAGCAAAUGGUGGGUGUGGUUAUAUUAAAAAACCAGAUUUCCUAUUGAAGACUGGUCCACAUGAAGAGGUCUUUGAUCCUAAAGUUAGAUUACCAGUGAAAAAAACUUUGAAGGUCACUGUGUACAUGGGGGAAGGAUGGUAUUAUGAUUUUAAUCACACGCACUUCGAUACAUAUUCCCCACCAGAUUUCUACGCAAGGAUCGGAAUUGCUGGUGUCCCUGCUGAUACUGUAAUGAAGAAAACGAAGACAUUAGAGGACAACUGGGUGCCUACUUGGAAUGAGGAGUUUGAGUUCCCACUGACUGUCCCAGAACUGGCUUUGCUUCGGAUCGAAGUUCACGAGUACGACAUGUCCGAGAAGGAUGACUUUGGAGGCCAAACAUGCCUACCUGUGUUCGAACUAAGAAGCGGGAUUCGAGCUGUUCCACUCCAUAGUCAAAAGGGAGAGAGGUACAAAUCUGUGAAGGUUCUUAUGCGCUUUGAAUUUGUUUGAGAUCAUCGGUUGUUCCACUCUAUCACAGGGAGGAAAGAAAGGACAAAUAAUGUAUAGCUUUUGAAUGUGCGCCUUCUUUUUGGCAAGAAUUUGAUUUAGAGUUAGUACAUAGUUUUACUUGUGAUUGUUAAGGCCUGCUGUGUGAUAUAUGCAUGUAAUGUGUGCCCUUUUCUUCAGAGUUGUGGUGUGGGAAACUGGCAAUGUGUUUUCAUGAGAUAAAGAGAUUGUAAUUCGUUAUAUUUGUUACCAUACGUGAAUUUGUCUGUAAGUGAGCUUUUCCAUAAAUGAUACGUUGGAAGAUUUUUUUGGAAAAA